AGCAGGGGUUGCUGUUGGUUGAGGACGGCUCUCAGCGGUGGAUGUUGGAACGAACCCAGAUGGAAAAGUGAGUAGCCAGUGACGGAUGGCCAGCUAUGCAGCAAGAGAGAUGAAUUCUGGGAAACCGGUCCAGCCUUUUAGGGACAUAAGGGGAUCUGAGAGGUGAUCAUGAACUAGCUCAGGCCAUCAUGGAUGGAUGUUUUUUCUCUUAUUGAGUGCGUUGUUGUUUCUCCAGUCCUCUGCUGAUGGAUCCAUCAAAACAGAAGAGAGCUACUGGACACUUAAACCAAAUGUGCUUGUGGUGAAUGCCAAUGUAGGUGAGGAUGUAAACGUGCCUCUUAUCUGUGGAGAGGCUUAUGAAGGGGAAAAUAUUACAUGGACCAGAAACGGCUAUGAAAAUCUUGAUGCCCAAGGAAACAGGAUUGUCGUCACAGUAGAGGGGUGGAUGGGGGGCAACUACUCUUGUUUCAGUAGUGAGGGAUCCUACCUAAACCACACACUGGUGCUGGCUCAGUGGACCUACAGGAAGUUUAUCAAGAAUACGCCUGAGAAAGGUUACAUCGAUUGUUCAUCUAAUAACUAUGGAGGUUCCUUCAAAUGUGAUUGGAAAUGGGAUAGAAAUAGGAACGGCCAUGUUGCUCAUAUCAAAGCCACACGCCCUGGUGGAAGCAACAUCAGCUGUUCUCUGGAUUCCAAUGGAUAUGUCACAUGCUUAGACCAUGACUAUUGUCCCUAUGCCGAAGAAGUGGAGCGUAUCAACCUGACCAUAUACUUCAGAAGCAGCUUUGUUGUUGAAUCCUACAAUACAAAGUUCUACAUCAUGGAUAUCGUGAGGCCUGAUAUGGUGCCUAUUAGUCGGAUCAAUAAAACAUCCAUAGAGGUCAAAUAUCCCCACUCCUGGAGCACACCAUCAUCCUACUUCCCUCUUACAUUCCAAGUGAAAGAGAUUCGUUGUCGGAAACAUGACAAUUGUGACUGCUCCAAACUGAACUCACAGGAGAUUUUCUUCACACAAAGUCAGCAGCUGCCAGUGACAAAAGGGAUGACGGUGUGUGUGAGAGCGAGGGAUGAAUUCUGUAAUUCCUCAUGGAGUGACUGGAACCAGUAA